AGGGCCAUUGACGAUCCUCGGUGCCUUGGAGGGUCUAUCGUUCAUGAACACGAAAUAUCAGAAUGCUAGUGAAGAUUGGCCUGACAUCGAAUUUCACUUUACUUCCGGCACUGCGGCCUCAGAUGGUGGAAGACAAAUUCGUCGCAUUCAUGGGCUGAACAAUCGGGUUUGGCAUGAGCACUACAAGCCACUGUCCUUCAGAGACACUUGGACAGCUUUCCCGACUUUGCUGAGGCCGAAAAGCAAGGGGCUUAUAAAGCUUAGGAGCAAGAAUCCUCGGGAUUAUCCAUUAUUCUACCACAAUUAUUUAACUGAUCCUGACGACGUUGCCCGAUUGGUUGAAGGGAUGAAAUUAGUCGUGCAGAUGUCGGAAACGAAGGCGUUCCGGAAACUGGGCACUCACUUGUACACAAAACCAUUUCCGGGAUGCGAACACCACGUCAUCUUCUCCGACCCGUAUUGGGAGUGCCUUGUCAGACACUACACGGAGACCAUUUAUCAUUAUUCCGGCACAGCGAAAAUGGGUCCAUUCUGGGAUCCCGACGCUGUUGUCGAUCCUGAGCUUAGGGUGUAUGGAAUCAAAGGGCUGCGAGUAGCAGACUGCAGCAUCAUGCCGAUCGUGAUCUCGGGCAACACAAAUGCCCCAGCAAUUAUGAUUGGCGAGAAGGUGUCAGACAUGAUCAAGUUAGACUGGGGAUACGUUCGGUGACGUCAGCGAGUGCUUUAAGUCUCGCAGCAUUCCUGAAAUUAAAUUUUCAUUUCAUGAGUUCAAAACGCAAUUUUUUUUUCUUUCGCGCAAUGCCAAAUUUGACUUCAUCUUUGAUUGAUUGAUUGUCGAGUGAUCAAAGUUUGUUGUGCCAAAAUUCCCUUUUUCUUCCCCCUUUGACUGUUUCCGUCUCUUGUUUUUUUUUUUUUGUGAUGAGCUCGCGUUACGGGUUUGAUAUAUUGACGACGAAAAGACGCGUGGUCCGUAAAAUUGACUGAAAGGGCUUGAACAUUUUCAAAGUGCAUGAUGAAUUUUUUGUUUCUGCUGUGGAAAGAGUUCAGACCAACAAGAUGCGUAACACUUUCUUCCAAUUAUCGGGUAAAGCUGUUUCCGUGCGACACUUCUUGGCAAAAACUACCUCAAGCGCAGUUUCUCACCUCUUAGGAAUUGGUGAUGGAAAUUCUUGAAGGUUUUGUUCCCAGGCAAAAAAAAACCUAAGAUUUAAUUUUCCAAUUGAAAAGAAAAUGUUUGAGUUGAGGUGGGACCACGGUUGUGCUGUGGCUCGGCCAGCUUGUCGAAAUCUAGUCAAUUUUGGCCAUGAAUCGUUUCAAUGCUUGUGGCGAUUACCAUGUUGCAGUGUUGUCAUGCAUAUUCCCUCAGGAGCUGAGUCGCUCAAUUUGUUUGUUUUUUUUUAUCUAGAAAUGUAUGA